AUCUUAAUUUCAAUAAGAGAGAGCUCAACCCAUUGAAGCCCUCAUUUUCCCUGUCUCCUAAGUCCUAUUAAUCUCAAUCAUGGCUACUGUGGUAGAGCUGAAGGUGGGUUUGCAUUGUGAAGAUUGCAUCAAGAAAAUCUUGAAGGCCAUUAAAAAGAUUGAAGAUAUUGAGAGGUACAAUGUUGAUACAAAGCUGAACAAAAUCACUGUGGCUGGUAAUGUAACAACAGAAGAAGUCAUGAGGGUCCUUCGAAAAAUUGGGAAGAUGGCAAGUUAUUGGGAAGAAGACUAGAGAAGAAUUAAUCUUUACAUCUACUGGA